GAGGCUGACUGUCCUCAUUGUUUUCUCUCUAGCUGUUCAUCCACUUGAACAUUCAGACGUUUCUGUGUCUGCUCACUGACUCACUACAGAAAACAUUAUGAAUGGUAAGAAACAUACUUACCACAUGCAGAGAAACCACUGCAGGAACCUUCUCCCUCCUGGUGCCGGAGGGUCUGAUCUCUGCUCCAUUAGGAGGUUCUGUGGUUCUGUCCUCUGUGGCUUCCUCUUCCUUUGACCCAGAAGAGGUGUGCUGGUACCGACCCAAUCAUGUUCAGAGCCCGGUUCUGUUGUAUAAGUUUGGAAGAUCAACGAGGAGCCUGCAGACCCUCGGUACCGGGGCAGGGCAUUCUUUACAGCGGGACUACAGAAGGGAGACGCGUCCCUGAGACUGGAGAACCUCAAACUAGCAGACAGAGGAGAGUAUGUGUGCUACGUUCACAAUGGAAGGGAGUAUGAGGAGGCCAGCGUCAUAUUAACAGUCAGAGUCACAGGGUCUAUUCCAGUAAUGUCAGUUGGCAUCACUGAAACAAGAGGACAAGUGAAUGUUAGCUGUGCAUCAGAUGGAUGGUCACCUGAGCCCACACUCACCUGGAGAGACAAAAACACCCAGAGGAUCAAACAGAACUUCAGUCACAUCCCCUUUUAUGAUGAUGAAGGUUUAAUGGGAGUGAGUUCCUGGCUGCUCUACUCUUCCUCUGAGUCAGAGUGGCUCUCCUGCUUUGUGGGUGUGUCUGAUCAGGAGAGGAGAGAGGUCCGGAUCUUACCAUCUCCAGAGGACAGACUACAGACACAACAGCCCGGUCUGGUGGUUGGACGGCUGUCUUCAUUAUCACUCUGCUGCUCUUGUUGACACUGCUGAUUGGGAUGUUUAUUCUGUACAGAAAAGGUUUAAUCCAGUAUCCUGUGACUCCAACACAACAAGAUGGAGAGAGGCCCACAUGUGCUGGUGCAGAAGAGUCUUUACUGCCUAAAGGUAACAUUGAAGGGAAGCUGAAAACUGCAGACAAAGAUACAAACACAGCAGUGACAGAAUGGGCAGAGAAGGACACAAACACAAAUGAUUCCAUCCUUCUGACACCAGAAUGGGACUUAUUGAAAUCACAUACAGUUAAGAACAUCAGUCUGGACACUAGCACUGUCUCUCCCUUUCUGGAGUUGAGAGAUUUGGGAAAAGGAAACACAGAAGUGAGGUGUCCUGAUCCUCUGAAAGUCCUGGGCCAUGGGAACAGGUGUCCCCAUGUUCUGUGUAAGGAGAGAUUCAGAUCAGGAAAGCACUGCUGGGGGGUGAAGAUUUGGGAAGAAGGAAAAAAUAUUGAAGCUCAGAUUGACUCUGACAAAAUAAUUCAACAGAAGCAGUCGUGGUAUGUGGGGGUGUGCAGUGACACAGCAGAGCGAACACACAGAGUCCCUUUAACCCCAAAGAACGGCUUCUGGGUUCUUCAGUAUGAGAAAGGAACAGGACUCUUUGCCCACACUGACCCUCCAACUCCAGUGCAGGUGGCAACAGUGUUUAGAAGGCUGGGGUGUUUCUGGACUGUGACAAACACACUCUGUCCUUUUACAAUGUGGACACUAAAUCACAUCUGUGCACCUUUGAGAAUGUGA